AUGGCGAACACGUUGAAGCUCUCCCUAACCGCUCUCCUCUCCGCACCCUUCACCCUAAGCUACACCCUCCCCGACGGCACCGGCAGACUUCCAGCCUUGGGUUGGAACAGCUGGAACGCCUACGCCUGCGACGUCAACGCCGACAAGAUCCUCUCCGCCGCCCACGCCCUAGUCGACAAAGGCUUCCUCGCCGCUGGCUACGACUACGUCAUCCAAGACGACUGCUGGUCCGUCGAACGCGGUCGUUCUAAUGCGACUUACCAGCUCCUGCCUAAUACGACCAAGUUUCCGGAUGGGAUUAAAGGCAUCGCUGAUCACGUGCAUGCUUUAGGGUUGAAGUAUGGGGUUUAUAGCAGUGCCGGUUUGGAGACUUGCGGGGGGUAUCCGGCGAGUUUGGGGUACGAGGGGGUGGAUGCGGCGACGUUUGCGGAGUGGGGGGUGGAUUAUCUCAAGUAUGACAAUUGCGGCGUGCCGGACUACUGGUACCCCAAUUGCACCGCCUGCAACCCGGACCCCUCCUACGGCGGUCCCGUCGGCGCCAACGGCACCUGCGUCCCCGGCUCCGAGCAGUUCUCCUACGGCCCGUUGUGCGACUACCAAUGGCCCGUGGACGGCCGCAACUACAGCCGCUCCCUCACCGCCCUCCGCUUCCGCACCAUGCAGCACGCCCUGGCGCGCCAGAACCGCAGCAUCCUUUUCAGCCUCUGCGAAUGGGGCACCGACGAAGUCUGGACCUGGGCGAACACCACCGGGCAGAGCUGGCGGAUGAGUAAUGACAUCUUCAACGACUGGGAGAGCGUGGCGAGGAUUUUGAACAUGAAUAGUUUUUUGAGUAACUAUGCGGGGUUCGGCGGGCAUAAUGAUGUGGAUAUGCUGGAGGUGGGGAACGGGGUGUUGACGGACCAGGAGGACAGGACGCAUUUUGCGAUGUGGGCGUUGAUGAAGAGUCCGUUAUUGAUUGGGGCGGAGUUGGGGAAUUUGACGGAGAGGCAGGUCGGGGUGUUGCAGAAUCGGUACCUACUGUCUUUUAACCAGGAUGAGGUUUAUGGAAAGCCUGCUGCGCCCUACAAAUGGGGCUGCAAUCCCGAUUGGACGUACGACGCAAAGCAUCCUGCUGAGUUCUGGUCUGGUGCUUCGAGUCGAGGGACGAUGGUGGCGAUGGUGAAUACGCUGAACCAUACCCGCACAAUGACGGCGGAGUUCAGCGAGGUUCCGGAGUUGGGUGCUGGGUCAUAUCAUGUGGUAGAUGUGUGGACAGGGAAGCAGAUGGGCUGUAUGAAGAAGAGAGUGGAGAUGACGCUGGAGGCGCACGAUACCGCUGUGCUGUUGGUUGGGAUGAAGUGUUCGUGA